AUGACUUUUGUUUCAGGUUGCCUGUCAAACAACACCGCAAACCUCUCCUUAACUGAUGAUGGUAAAACUGACGGUUACUUGAAGAUGAGUCAUCAGCUUCUCAUUCCAUGGGCCGUUGCGUACUCUGCCGUUGCUGUUGUUAUCCUGUUUGGUAAUAUUCUUGUGAUCGUAUCAUUUGCAAAGAAGACUAUUCUACGAUCUCACACCAACUACUUCAUUGUUUCAUUGGCAGCAACUGACACUUUCGUUGGAUUGAUCUCCAUCCCAUGGUGGAUUAUUGUUCUGUUUAUAACUUAUAAAAAAGAGACAUGGUUUACAUAUUUGCACGAUAUCUGGGUAAUAUUCGACAUCAUAGGAGGUAUUGGUUCAAUAUUGCACCUGGUUGCCUUAAGCUGGGAUAGAUUUUGUGCUAUUGUCUGGCCUUUAAGCCAUCGUAUUUACACCGGCAGACGUUAUUUGCUUAUUUUAGCCUUGAUUUGGUCGGUUACAAUCCCAGUUGCAGUAUGUUCUAAACCGGGAAUGGCAUCAGCACCGAAGGCAUACAAUGUUACGGUCAUAGUUGUCUGUUUCUUCAUUCCACUAGUUAUCAUCUGUGUCUCACAAGCUUUUUUAGUAACUUUUAUUCGAAAAAACAGAAUACAAAACUUUUACAAGCUUAGAAGGAGUAUUCGAAAAGAGGUCCGCGUUGCUAAGACAGUGAUAAUGAUGAUCGCAUUAUUUAUGAUUGGUUGGCUUCCUUUCUUCACACUCUCCUUGGUGACUUACAUCAGACCGGAGGUGCAGCCAUCAUGGCAAGCAAUCUGCGCCGUCAAGUUUCUCCAGUAUGGAAACUCGGUUGUUAAUCCAGUUCUGUAUGCUCACAAAUUUCCUCAUUUUCGCAAAGCCUUUUCAGCCUUACUUUGUCCUUGCCGCGAAGUUACCAAAAAGGCGCGCAACGUUGGAGAAACUUUUAGAGCAAUAAUGUAUUCGAUAAUCCCUGGUUCGAUUCGAAAUAAAACUAUUCAUAGGUACUUGGCAGACAGACGGCUGGGAGAUAAUAAAGCAAAUAGCUCAAACAUAGAUUCAUCAAAGCAAAACUCAUCAAAUGACACUGCUCCAAUUGGUGAACCCUCUCUUGAGGAAAUCGAGCUUUGUGAGAGCCACCCAAAUAUCUUUCCUUAA